UGUACGGCAUUUGGAUGGAUAGCUAUUAGCUAGUAGUUGGCUAUGGCGAGGGGCGCUGCGCCUUUGCUCUUCUCUCUCUCGCCGAGCAAAGCGGGGAUCUUGAUGCGCUAGGGCAUCGAUUCUCGUUGAUCGUGUUGGCAGCGCCUCGCAGCGGUGGCGGCAUUGGGAUUGUGACGCUUGCCCGGGCAAUGUGUCGAAUUUGAAGGCGCUGCGCCACUGUGUCACGGGCGCGAUCGGCGAGCGCAGCGCGCGUCGACGGGGCAUCGAUGGAGCUAGGUAAUCACACAAGGGGCUCGCGCUGAAUCGAGCUUUUUCCUUCUUUCUCUCUGCUUCCCGUGAUCUUCCUCGCUUUUCCCAUUCGAUCCUCGGCUUUCCAUGGCGAAUUGGAGGUAAUCGCUCCGAAAUAUUCCCUCCUCUCGGAAGCGCUUGCUCGAAAUAUUUCCACUCCGAUCGAUCCGCAAGAUGGAGCUCCACGGCGGCGACCCGGAUCUCUGCUAUGGCCUGGACGUGGAUCUUGUGGGAGACAACGAUGGAGGCCUGGGCGAGACGGUCGUCCAGGAUCACGAGGAUUUCAGCGACGACGACAUGGACGUGGACGAGCUGGAGAAGAGGAUUUGGAACGAUCGGCUGCGGCUCAAGCGGAUCAAGGACAAGCAAAAGGCCAGGGUCAACAACGCAUUCUCCUCGAAUCACUCGAAUCACAGCAGCCAUGGGCAGCAGCAGCAGCAGCAGCAGCAGCAUCACGACGGCCCAGCAGCGCAGCACCAGAAUCUGGGCAAUCUCCCCAAGCACAAGCAAUCCCAGGAGCAAGCCCGGCGGAAGAAGAUGUCGCGAGCCCAGGACGGGAUCCUCAAGUACAUGCUCAAGAUGAUGGAGGUCUGCAAAGCCCAAGGAUUCGUCUAUGGCAUCAUCCCCGAGAAGGGUAAGCCAGUGAGCGGCGCCAGCGACAACAUCCGCGCGUGGUGGAAGGAGAAGGUCCGCUUCGAUCGGAACGGCCCCGCCGCCAUCGCCAAGUACGAGGCGGAGCACGGCAUCUGCUCCAGAUCCGGCGGAGGCGCUGGCCAGCUCUCCGCCGCCGCCCCGACGCCACACACUCUCCAGGAGCUCCAGGACACCACCCUCGGAUCGCUUCUCUCGGCGCUAAUGCAGCACUGCGAUCCACCCCAGCGGAGGUACCCGCUGGAGAAAGGGGUGGCGCCGCCGUGGUGGCCGAGCGGCGACGAGGAGUGGUGGCCCGAGCUUGGGCUUCCAAAGGGGCAGGGGCCGCCGCCGUAUAAGAAGCCCCAUGAUCUCAAGAAGGUGUGGAAGGUUGGAGUUCUCACUGCGGUGAUCCGACACAUGUCCCCGGAUAUCGGGAAGAUCAGGAAGCUCGUGAGGCAGUCCAAGUGCUUGCAAGACAAGAUGACUGCCAAGGAGAGCGCGACGUGGAUCUCGGUGCUCAACCAGGAGGAGGCGCUGGCGAGGCAGUGCUCGGGGAAUUUGAUCGGGCAGCAGCAGCAGCAGCAGAACCACCACCACCACCAUAGCCAGGUGAUUGUGAUGAGCAACGGGAUGGUGAUCUCCGGCUCGCAGAUCCAGCAGGCCGCCACUGGCGGCAACAACAGUGAAGGGAGCAACGGUCUGGCGCUGAGCAGUACGAGCGAGUACGACGUGGAUGGAUUCGAUGGCUCGCUCAACGUUGUCUCGUGCGAGGAUGAUCCAGCCGAGGUCAAUGGGCCGCCAGCUUUCGUUGGAUCGAGUGGUGGUCGUGGGGGAUCCGGUGCUGCCACUGCCACCACGGCCAACGUGAGUGUGGUGAGUGGGGAGCUUGCGGACGUUGUUCUUCACCAGCGGCAGCAGGAGAGUAAGAUCAUGUCGCAGCAGCAGCAUCACAAUCACAUGGUGGUGGAUCAUCAGCAGGACGAGAGCUGGAACAAGCGGAGGAUCCCGAGGCUGGUAGGGAGUCUGAGCAGUAAUCUGGGAGGAGACAACGUGAACCGAGCGUUCCUUUGCCAGUACGAGGACUGCCGCCAUCACGACCUCAAGUUCGCGUUUGGGGACAGGAGCUUGAGGAACAUCCACCAGAGCAGCUGCCCGCACAGGCCGGAAGCGAAGUGUGUCAGUGUGAUCCACGCCGGGAAUGGGAGUCAGCACCAGAAUCACAUCCAUGGCUUUGGCAGUCAAGCGCCAGCCUCGGUGGCGGCGGCGUCGGCGGCGACGACAAGCGCCUUAAUCGCGGGGCAGCAGCAAGACAACAAAGCCGGCUUGUUUCAAUCCGCGAUCCUGUCAGCCGAGGAUCUCUCGCAUCCUCCACAGGCCCAAGCAGCACUGCUUGCGUCCAGCAAUGGCACCACCACCCCCGCCACCACCAUCACCACCACCGGCACAGCCACCACCGCCAGCAAUAGCAGCCAGCCACUUCACGAGCUGCUACUGGGGAUUUACGGUGGCAGCACCGCGGGGCUCCAGCUCCAGCAGCUGGUGGAAGCCAUCGACCACAAGCUCGGCGAUCAUCACUUUGGCGAUGGUGGCGGUGGCGGCGGCAUGGAUCAUGGUUUUAGCGGCCUGGGAUUUGCUCUUGGCAGUAACAACGCCGCCGCCGCCGCGAGCAACAGUCACAGUAGAGUGACGGUUUUGGAUCCGGGACGCGGUCUACAGCAGCAGCAGCAUCAUCAUCACGAGCAUCGGAUGGAUCACAAGUUGUUUAGCGGAGUUGCGAAUCAUCACCAGCACCAUCACCAUCAACAGCACCAUCAACAGCAGCAGCAGCAGCAGCACAAUCGCCAGCACCACCACCAGCAGCAGCCACAAUUCGAGGCUCCUCCUCCUCCUCCACCGCCAUCGCACCACCACCACCAUCAUCACGUACUGGGAGAGAAUCUGGUGCUUCACAACGCCGUGCAGGCCUACGUCCCAGCGGCGAGCUUGAAUCUGGCCAUGGACAACUCGAGAAUGCUGUGCCGGGGAGCUUCGCACGAGAUCAUCACGGACGAGCCGAUCUGGUACUUCGGAGCUUGACGAGAUCGAGAGAGGCAUAGAUUAAAAAAAAACACCAUCGCCAAGAUCGUCCCGCCAACUUUUGGGAAGAAUGGAGAGUGUCAAGUUAUAAACCACACACGAAACGCUUUUUCCUGUGCUUAGUGUUUGUAUAAUGUAUUGUUCUCGAUUUAAUCUCCAUAGCCAUCCUCCA